AUGAAACAAGCAGAACUCCCAAUAACAAACGAGAAUUUAACUGAAACACCUGCUACAACUAAGCAAAAAAGGGGAAGGCCGCGCAAACUGUGUGAAUCAUUUGCAGAAGAAUCAUCUAAAAAUAAAAAUGAAAUGAAUGUAGAAUACGAACACAUCGCAAAUCUGAUUGAAGAAACGGAUCCUAAAUCAGCAAAAGAAGCUUUGUCGAGUCCAGAAAGCGAAGAAUGGAAAAAUACCAUUUUGCAGAAAUAUUCAGCACUUGUGAAGAACAAUACUUGGAUCAUAGUGGACCGUCCAAAGAACAAAGAAACCAUCGAUACAAGAUGGUUCCUGCGGACAAAGCGAGAUGCCGAUGGUACAAUAAACAAACGUAAAGCAAGACUAGUAGCGAAAGGUUUUACUCAGAUAUUCGGCACAAAUUACAACAAAACUUUCGCACCAGUGGCACGCAUGAGUUCCGUACGAAUGUUUGUAGCAUUAUCUGUCAACUUGGGAUGA